CCGGUGAGUUCAGGGCGUAAAUAUAAAAUCCUCGAGGCUGCGCCAUGCCCUACUUUAAAAAUUUUGUCGGUGUUCUCUGGUUCUCGUUAAUUAUUGGGAAUGUGAAUUUCACUCCAGGUGGUUUAUUGAGAUUUGUUGAGGCUACAUCGUCACCAAGUCCCAAAUUUAUUUGCUACUUUACAAGCUGGUCCACCAAUCGGACUGGACCUGCUCGUUUUAAAAUUUCUGACAUCCCCAGCUCAGCAUGCACCCACAUCGUCUACAGCUUUGCCGUUCUAAAUUCCACCUCCCUCACGAUGGACCUAAGCGCGGAGGUGGAUCGCGCUCUCAUCGACCAAGUCACCACCUUGCGGUCCAACGGGACGAAAGUCAGCGUCGCUCUGGGAGGCUGGGCAGACUCGGAGAAUGGAACCAAAUACUCGACAAUGAUCAACCACGGUCACCUGAGAACAAACUUUGUCCACGAAAGCGUCAAAUUUCUUCGGCGUCAUGGCUUUGACGGGAUCGACCUUGACUUCGAGUAUCCAACGUGUUGGUGGGGCAACUGUUCUACCGGCCCGGUCACAGACAAGAACAACUUUGCCAACCUUAUCCACGAACUGAGGGCAGCGUACCGUUUUUACGGACUCUUAGUCAGCGUGGCGGUAGCUGGAGAUGUGGAAAUAGUGAAGCUGGCCUAUGACAUGCCAAGGAUCGCCAGAAACGUCGACUGGAUCGGUGUCAUGACGUAUGACCUUCAUUCUACUCUAAGUGGGAAGACAGGUCACCACUCGCCUUACAUGGGGCCACAUCCCAACACUGUAGAUUCUCUCGACUACUGGAUUAAUCAGGGCGACGUCCCCCCAUCUAAAUUGGUCAUGGGAAUUCCUCUCUAUGGCAGAUCCUUCACUUUGAAGGACACAACCGUUCAUGGCGUCGGUGCACCUGCAGGCCAAGGGAAGGCGGGAUCAUUCACGGAAGAGGCUGGAUUUCUGGCCUACUUCGAAUUCUGUGGGGCGGGCUGGUCUCACGUGGAAAUUAGCGGAGUGGGCAGCUAUGCGCUGAGGGGGGAUCAGUGGGUCUCUUACAACGACGUAUCCCUGCUGGAGCAGAAGAUGAAGCACGUGUUACAAUAUCGCUUGGGAGGAGUGAUGGUAUGGGCGUUAGAUUUGGACGAUUUCAAUGCCCAGUUUUGUAAUCAGGGAAGAUAUCCGCUUAUCACGGCGAUGAAAAAUGCGCUAUCAUCCUCCAAAAAUUCAACGGUUUAG